CGGCGACGACGACGAGAAUAAUGUCUUUCGCGAAGACUCUCUCUCCUGCUAUCCGAGAAAUCAGGAUAUUAUGUUGCCAGUCCAGUGCGGCAUCAGCAGGCACGCGAGAGUUCAUCUCGUCCACGUACCCGGUCCUGAAGCAGCAUAAUCCAGACUUGCCGAUCAUGAUCCGGGAAGCAAAGGGAACACCAGCGCGUGUGUUCGCGAGAUAUGAGCGCGGGGUAGAACGGCAUGUAGAGGUGGACAAUCUCUCUCAGUCGGACGUGGCAUCCAAGGUUGCUGGGCUCUUGAACCUGUCAUAGCUCUCAGAGUCGCUGGGAUACCGCCAUGCAGGAUCUCUGUGAAUUGUGGCGUCCCUAUUGUACAAUGCAGUGAGUCUAGCUGGAAACAGCAGGUGGC